GUGAGAGAGAUGGUGACGUCGUCAAGACAUGGACCCUCUCUCCCCUUCAUCGUGUGUACAGGGUGGCUGGCUACCCAAUCGCGAGCUAGCAGCAUCCGUGGUCCAUCUCCGCGAGGACAGGGGAGGCUGCUGGCUAAGGACGCGACUGGUUUUGCAUUCUAACUUUCUCAGUACCUGUUGUGAAAGUGGUCUGCUUAACCAGUGCGCUGUUCUCUCGACGAUUCGUGGUAGCUGCCCCCUCUGAAGACUUUAUUAGAUGUGUCGUCGUAAGCUGCAGUCCUACCCACCACCCGCUCCUGACCUAUUUUCAACCUUUCAUUUAAAGUUUAAGAUGUAAUUAGUUCGAUGAAAUUUGUAGCAUAAAUAUUGCUAGCCUAAAUCUUCUUUUUUUUUUGGUUUCGACCUCGUAUUAUUUUACAUCAGAAGUGGGAUAAAAAUGGACUACAGCUUCACGAUGUCAUCUUGCUUGCAUUCCUUGUUUUUGUUGUUUGUAUUGUGUGCAUAGAAAACGUUGCUUAUGUGUGUCUCUCUCGUUUUGUCUCGUUGUAGUUAUUGUCUCUCACUCUCAUUCAACAUGCCAAACGCUCGCAACACUAGGAAAUGUCGCGCCUCCCGCCCUCUAUCCCCUGUCUCGGACCAAAGCAAUGCUGCCAGCUCUGGUGGUAGCGUGGUAAUUGAUCGUAUAGCUGACGCGAUUGUCAAGUUGAGUGAGGCUCAGGCCACUCAAAUGGCACUUACGGCUCGAAUUGCCGAAUCAAAUCAAAUUGCGCAGGAGAAUCAAGCUCUCCACGCCAGCAUCGCCUCUCAACCUAAGCCUAUCGCGAAUUAUUCUUCUGUCCCUGUUUUCAAUCCUUCUAACGCCGAUCAUGAUAUCGAGAAGUGGUUAGAAAAGGUAGAUGAGCUGAGUGUUGUCUAUUCUUGGACACCAGCUAUGACCAUCAAUGCGGCGACCUCAAAGUUGGAAGGGUAUGCCAAAAAGUGGUAUGAUGGCCAAGAGACCUUUAUUCGUUCGUGGGAGGAAUGGAAGGAGCUUUUGUCAGAUGCCUUCCAAUCCAACAAAGGCCGUUAUCAAAGGAUGGUCGAAUUGAUGGCACGUAAGAAGAAAUCCAACGAGAAAUUUGCCGAUUACUACUACGACAAGAUGAUCCUUCUGGUUGCUGCGAAAAUACCUGAUGAAGUGGAUCAGGUUGAUUUUCUCAUUGGUGGUAUACCUGAUAAAACUACACGAAAUAGUGCGAAGCAGGGUCGCUAUCGGACGCCGUUGGAGCUGCUGAAAUACCUCAGUGGCAUUGAGGAACCCUCCGCUCCUUCUACAUUCUCUGAUGACUCUCCUUUUGAAGACGUUCCUUCCGAGCCUCGCCAUUCUCGAUCAUCAUUUGAAGCUAGGAAGAAGAGCAUAGAGUGUCACAGGUGUGGUAAAAUAGGGCAUUAUGCGCGCGAGUGUGAUGGGGAGGUUAGGCAACCUCUCAGUGAGCCCAAGGACGAUGCACGUGUGCCUGAGAAACUAUGUGAUUUUUGCCAACGUUAUGGUCAUGUAGAGAAAGAUUGUUUUGCGAAAGAGAAGGUGAGCUCUGGUUCUGGCUCUCUGAAACCACCCCCUGCCAAGACGGAUUGACUUAUUAAGUGUGGCUAGUCCCCAUUAUCCUCUUAAUUAGGCACCCGAGGACGGGUGGAGUCAGGAUUACCGAGUGUAAAGAUGUGUCGUCGUAAGCUGCAGUCCUACCCACCACCCGCUCCUGACCUAUUUUCAACCUUUCAUUUAAAGUUUAAGAUGUAAUUAGUUCGAUGAAAUUUGUAGCAUAAAUAUUGCUAGCCUAAAUCUUCUUUUUUUUUUUGGUUUCGACCUCGUAUUAUUUUACAUAUUUCAUAUCGGAUUAGUUUUGUAUAAUCAAAAACGAAGACAAUAGGAUGAGGCGCCUUCACCAAAUAUCAUUGAUCAGUAUAGCCCUCUCGCUAUACAAAAUGACCCGUUUAGUUGUUCGGUAGCAGCAAUCACGGUAAUAAAGCUGAAAAUCUAUCAGUGUAGAUAGCAUUUAGAACAAAGGGGUUAACAGGGGGAUGGCUAUUGUGUGCGGAGGUGGAAGAAUUGAGGGGGGGGAGUACGACGCACACUCGAAAAUGUUAAACAGAAUGAUUUCUGUUUAAUAGAUGGAUUAAAUGGAUGAGUUAACAUUAGUUAUAGAAGCCCAGCAUCGUCAUGGUUACCCCAACCACCAGCUCCAACACCGCAACCUCCUCGUUUUCCUGCGCCGAUAUAUCUCUUCAUUUUACGAUGAUGCUCUUCUCUAUUCAUCAUUAUCACUCCCUGUUAGCGCGCGUUAUAGUAUAGUCUCAUCUCUAUCAGUACAUGUAUAGUAGCCUAUAUCGUACACUAUAUAGCCUACUCUUGGUACAAAAUGAUGAUGUUGUGUAUGUAAUGGGUCUUUAUGUACUGCACGAGUGUACAUAUAGUAUAUAUGGGGUAUGUUAGCCACAUUGCAGUCCCCUGCUGUUGCGUUAUACGAUCGCGAAUAAAGUACUUCACCAUCUGUCCAACUUAAGCUAUACUAACUUAUUAACCCUUAUCGAUGAAAUAAAAAAUACACCAAGCAAAAUAUUUAUGUUUCUUUAAUCAUCUCAUCUGCCUCAUCACUCCGUCUCUGUCAUUCUUCCUCAUUUGUACUUACCCCGAACUGACUGCAAUGAAAACGUAAUCCGAACGCUUUUACAACUUCAUUUAUAUGUGCUUACUGCUGGUUUGUUUUUGCACUCGCAGCAGCGUACUUAUUGCAGUAGAUAGACAAAAGGUCUAGGUAUUAUGAUGAUACGAACGCGUUCGCGCGUUUCACAGCAGUAUUUAGCAGACCGGCAAAUUGUCCUUCUUAUAUGGUUUUCCACAUCACUGCCUCCGUUCAUGACUUUUUACAAAUGAGAUUUCCAAAUUCGAAUUAACAAAUAUUGAUUUGAUUGUACGAAUUGGAAGCACGUGCUGUACUGUAGUCUGUAAUUGUGGUGCUGUGAACUCGAUUGGUUUUUAAUUAUUUGAGUGUUUUGUGGAAUAAUAAUGAUCUUUACAAUGCGGUUAUUCAAAUUAUAAACGUUCCCCUUUGUUUUUAAUUUUUUUUGAUUUGCUCGUUGUUUCAUCUCGGAAAGUUGGUUGAUGCCUGAUGGAUUUAAAUUGGUUUAUGUGAUAUAGUCUUUUUUGCUAUUGAUGGCGCGGUGUUGGCAGUAAAGGUGUUUCAGCGUGGGAGAGGAAGGGGGAGAAGAAAAAUUUGUGGAAUUUUGAGGUUAAUUUGAUUUUAAACCCCAAAAUGGGCUUCCAAAGGGAGGUUCCAAAUUGAAGAUAUUUUUCAAAAAUGUAAUAUUGAUUUCAAAGUCGAAAUUUUUGAAAGUGCAGAAUUGAUUUUUGAAAACCCACUUGACUACAAACUCAAAAAUUAGCUCCAAAAGGGAAGCACAAAAUUUGAAAAUUUUCAAAGAUACAAAUUGGAUAGAUAUCAAAAGUUGGAUUUUCUAGAGCCCAGCAAGAUUUAUUUUUGAAGAUGAUUUGACUCUGGACCUCAAUGAGGGCUCCAAAAGGAAGGUUCAAAAUUGAAAUUUUCAAAAAUACAAUACGCCUCGGUAUCGAAAUCUAUGAUUUUUAAGGAGCACAAUUCAUUUUUGAGAAUAAUUUGAUUUUAUAUAAUUCGAUACCCAUACUUAUAAGUAUUUAAUUUUUGAAAAAUUUCAAAAUUUGUACUUUCUCUUCUUCACCUCCUUAGUGCGGUUAUUCUUGGUGUCCGGUUUCUGAAAUUGAAUUCAGCUUUAUCAAUAACGUAGGUAUAAUACAAAUUUUCUAAAAUUUUUGAAUUUGGACCCACCCUCCUCCUCUCCACUCUAGUGGGAUUACUUCUGGUCAAAGGAGCAAAUGGCGGAUGAAGUUGACAUCAGCGUUUUCAAAAAUGUGCCAUUCGAUGUAAUGCAAUAAUUUCAUUAAGUGGAAUAGCGAAUGAAUGAAAUAAAUGUUUCAAAACUUGACAGAGGUCCGGCAGGCAGACCGACGACCUUGAGAGGCCUGACAGACGGGUCAUUGGCCUUGAUAGACACAGGUACGCGUACGGCUGGUGGACAAACAACCAUGAGAAGCUAUAGACAUGCAGUUUAGUGAUCUUGAGAGACCAGACAGGCAGACAGACAACCUUCGGAGGGUGGACAGGUAGAUCAGUGACCUUUAGAGUGCCCACACAGGUGGACGGACACACAGACACAGGCAUGCAAACUUGGGAAGUCAGACAGACGGGUCAGUGACCUUAAGAGGCCAGAUAAGCAGACAGAUGACUUCUGAAAGUCAUACUGACAGGUUAAUAGCCCUAAGAAACUAAUCAGGAAGACAGACGACUAUGGGAAACUAUACAGACGGGUCCAUUACCUUGAGAAGCUAGACAGGUAAUCAUACGUCCUUGGAAAGCCUGCAGUCACACGGUUAAACGACCUGAAGAGGACAUAGACCAGCAGGCAGACAACGUUGAAAAGCCAAACAGGCGGGCAGAAAUAGUGGGAAGUUGGACAGGAAGGUCAGUGACCUUAAAAAUCCAGAUAUACCACCUUGGGAAACUGGACAGGUAGGUCAGUGACCUUGAGAAUUCAAAAACUCGGGUCAUUAACCCCGAGAUGCUAGACACAGACAGACAGAUAGGUAUUCUUGAGAAGCCAGGCAGAGGGGUCAACGACCUUUACAGACAACCUUGAGAGGCCAGACAGGUGGUUAAAUGAACUUGAGAAAACAAAGGGACAGCAGGAAUUUUAUUGAUAAAAUUAAUUAAAAAUAAGUUUAUUUAAUCAAUUUUUUUUUUCUAAAAUUAAUAAUUCAAUAAUGAAUGGAAAUGAAUUUGUUUUACAUAAAAUAAUUAAUGAAAUAAAUUAUUAAUUUUAUUUCAAUUAUUUUCAUUUAAAAAAAUGAA